CACUCUCAUCACAAGCUUACGACGUUACCUUUCCCCCCGACCAUCCAAAGCACCGACGCAAAGAGACACCACGAGCUCGUAGCUAUGGGUGGCAUCAAGAGGAGCCUGCUGGCCGCGGGGCUUCUGGCAACCACCUCCACCAAGACCACCUACGCUUACCUCUUCCCGACGCCGUCAGGAGCAGGGCUCUCGAGCGUGGCCACCUCGAGGAACAUCGAGGACAGAAAAAGCAGCGUGUGCCGCCUACAUGGCUCCCCCUCCCCCCGGAUGUCGACGAUGUCUCCCGCGGCGGAGGGCACCGAGGCGUCCGCGCCAACACAAGCGAGAGGGGCUGCUGACCUCGUCAGCAGCGCCAGCGGGGCGCAGCUUGCCUCGUCCUUGAUUUUCCCCAGCAUCACCAGGCAGCCGCGGCCCGGCAUAAUUGCGCGCGAUGGCACGGAGGACUUGGGCAUGAGAGAGAGAGACGACGGCAAAAGCCCCGACUUUGAGGUGAACCUGGGCAAGGUGAUCUCCACGCUGAGGGAGGACUACCCGCGGAUAUUCUUCGACCCUCCCGCGUUCGACAUCUUUACCGAGGAGAUCGAGCUGCGCGAUCCGACGGGCGUGGCCUUCCGAGGCAUCUCGAACUACAAGCGAGUGUUCGCGACGCUCCGGUUCUUCCGGCAGACGUUCAUGAACGACGCGACCACCACAUUCCGCCUCACCUACGACUGGAGCAAGCAGCAGGUGCGCGUGACGUGGAACGUGGUGCUCCAGCUCAAGGCCCGGCAGCGGCCCAUUUACGUCGACGGCAUCUCCGCCUACCACAUCAACAGCGACGGCCUCGCCCACCGCCAUGACCUGGAAACGGUGGUCGUCAACGGACGCGCCGUCGAGCCCCCGUUCGCCUACGCGUGGAUCAACCUCCCCGCCUGGGUCUCCCGCGGGGCGGUGGCGAAGCCGUCGGGCGCUGGCGCGGCCCUACCUACCCCCCACGCGGUGAUCGGCGGGGCCCCCACGCAGCUGUUCGAGCAGCAGCAGGGUGAAGCGGAAGACGCUGUCGGCGCCAUGUUCGACGCCGCCAGGACGGACUCCGAGCUCCGCGGGGACUACAUGCAGGCGCUCUCGACGGUGCUGAUGAUGGACACAGACGGGGUAUCGGAGAGCGGCAGCGGCGCGGGCGCCGCCGCCGGUGCGACGCCGGACGGGUCGGACGGCGACGGGAGCGGCGAGGACGGGGCAGCAGCAGCCGCCACCGCCGCCGCCGCCGCCGCUAACCAGAAGAGGGCGAGGGCGGAGAAGGAGAAGAAGAACAACGCGGGCGGGUGGUUCGGCUCCAAGGGGGCGGAGCUCGCGUGCGAGACGUCCUGGGACUGCACCGGCGGCAUGGUCUGCUGCGACUUCGUCCUCCUCAAGGUGUGCUGCAGCAACGGCAUCCGGCAGCCCAAGUUCGGCGAGCUCAUCCCGAGCCUGGUGCCUAUCCCCGGCAGGGGCAGGAACGAGAACGACAACCCCAAGAGGAUUCCGCCCGCCGGCGGUACGUCGCGGCCUCCUCAAAGACCGGGGGCGGGAGGGGGAAAGGGGGGGCUAGAGAGGCGGGGAGGAGGGCAGAUGUGAGAAAACGCGCGCCAACCAGGCGCGCUGUUUGGGACGCUGUUGAAUGUUAUGCAUGUUUCGUUGUCUCGUCUACACUUGCAGCACAAUUUGUAAAUUGACUGACUGUGGUAUGUUUUUUUGUGGUAAUAUUCUGCCGGCAGCAUGGUCGCCGCGUCUAGUAACAGGCCGUUGUGGGCAUGUGAAACGCGAGUGACCGGUCGCCUUUGAAGCAAACGUGACCCCGCUCGCGGCACGGGGUAAAGGUUGAGAGAUGUUGUAAGUCACGGGGUGGAAGGGCCCAUGGUGAUGGGAUUGAUGGUGGGUUACUGUCUGUCUCGUGGUGAAGGCGGCGAUACGGUCUCGAGGUGUUGGUGUUACGCACACGCCGUGUGUGUUUCCGAAGAAGAAAGUACCCGAUGACAACUCGCGCAGAGAGAAGGAGGCGCACGGCUCUCACCGCUUCGGCACAGUCCGCCGCGUUUUUUCACGCUUGUUCGGGUAGGCGUUAUUCUGUGCGGUCUGUGAGUCUGUAACCUCUCGGACAUGUGUGUGUGUUUUUUUCGCUCGGCCUCCUCGAAGAAGUCCCUCCGCACAUGGAUUCCUUUCGCGAAGACUUGACUGAGACAGUUCCAAACAAGUGGACUGGGACGGUAACAUCGAACAAACACGGAGAGCAGCAUCGGCAAGCUCUGUGUCUGCCGCAUGGAAC